CCGAGACACGUGACUGGACAGUGAGUGGACCCUGGUAGACCGUUGAGUGUCUGUGCCUGCCUGUGUCUGACGUGAUGCACUACUUUCAGUCAACCGCCUAAUUUAUGUAUUAAAUCGUUUGGAAGAUGUGAUUGCGAUGUUAAAAGAGGAAUAACAGCGAAACGUUUGCGCAGAUGCAGUGAUGAAUUAAUAACACGCGCUCUGUGGUGGGAUAUAAUCCGCGGUUUAAAGCUCGUGUUUGUGGUCAGCUCGCGCUUGUUUGAUGGCGUGCUAGUUUAUCUAGUCAAUGACUACAUGGAUAUUCGAUAUAACGUUAGCUUUAGCCCGAGGACAUCACACACUAACAAACAUGUGUUUGUACUACAGUGUCAGACAGAGUAAAUCGGUGUAAACGCGACUGAAUUGUGGAGAUUGUGGAGGCAGAAUGGCACCGUGGUGGAUCACGUUCAUCGCUUUACUGUGGGAGUUCGAGUGGUGCGUGUGCCGUGAGGUCACUCUUCCCGCCGGGCCGCUGUACCGGGUCGCCGGUUUCUCGCUGUCUCUGCCCUGCACAGUUUCGGGAUACGAAGGCUCGCGGACGCAGGAGUUCGAGUGGUACCUGUACCGGGAGGACGCUGGGGGUCGGCAGAUCGCUGUGGCGUCCACGCGAGACGCUGGGUUUCCGUACGCGCCGUUCCAGGGUCGCGUGCAGGCGGGCGAGGUUCGGAUCGAGAGGGACUCGGGCGAUAAAGCCAGACUGGUAAUCCAGAGGCUUCGUCCAGAUGAUCAGGGCCGUUACGAGUGUUACACGCCCAGCACUGACUCGCGCUUCCUGGGGAACUACAGUUCAUCAGUGGAAAUCAAAGCUUGUGGCUAG